AUGCACCGACCAUCGCAUCGUCAUCUCCAAGAUGCGGAUUCGUCUAAAGCCAUGCAGGAGACCUCAAGGUAAGCGACCCCCGGGUACUUUGAAUAUUGCUUUGUCUUUGCCUGCUCAUCAUCUCUUUUUCACCAAUGAACUGACCAAAGCCUAGCCAGCCUUCCAGUCGCCGCCGCCACCACCGCCGACGAGGACGAGAACGUCUCCGUGGAGAACCGAUGAUAUCAGCUGAGGGACACGAUCCAGUCAGCCGACCUGACUGUCCUCUGUCGCGCAUGUCGCCCACAUCAGGACUGGUUUGACGAUGACGACACCGUCAUCUGCAGCGCACUCGCCGAGAAGAACCGACUGUAAAAAGCUUACAUCAACCGCCCCACCAGCAACAACAAAGCAGCCUUCUACCGUAGUCGCCACCGCCUUGUGUAACAGCGGCUGCGGAAGAUGCGGGAGGCCUGAACAAUUCUCAAGGCCGAGGAGACUCAAGGAUGCGCGGACCGUAACGGAUGAAAGAACUGCAUCUCUGGGACCAAAGCCGUCUGCGGUCCCACAGCCAAAGCAACUGCUCCUCUAUUCAGUGCCAACAGAACCACUUUACUCACUGAGAAAGCGCAAAUUCUACAGUGAUGGGCCGAGCACUACAGAGGCGUCCUCAAUCACCCCUCCAUCAUAUCCGACAACUCUAUAGCCCGUCUGCCUAAAUUGGAAACCAACGCCGAAAUCGACCUCCCGCCCUUUCUAUAUGAAACUAGCAGGGCCGUGCAGCAACCUCCGGGCGGUAAUGCGCCCGAAUCAGACGCGAUCCCUGCUGAGAUCUACAAGCACGGCGAUUGCGAACUUAUGAAUUACCCGACAGCUUUAUUCCAGGUGAUGUGGAGAUAAGAACAAGUCCUCUAGAAUUUCAAGGACGCCACAAUCGUCCAUAUUCACAAGCGGAAAGGGAACCGGCAAAUCUGCGACAAUCACAGAGGCACCUCCCUCCUCAACAUCGCCGGAAAUAUCUUCACUCACAUUCUCCACAACUGUCUCAACCUCUGCCUGGAACGGGACUCCUGCCGGAAAACCAGUGCAGUUCCCGCCGUCACCGCAGAACCACCAAAAUGAUUUUCGCCGCCCGUCAACUGCAAGAGAAGUGUCAGGGGGUGCAGAUGCAACUCUACCAUAUCUCCGUGGAUCUGACGAAGGCCUUCGAUACAGUGAGUCGUGAAGGACUGUGGAAAAUCAUGUAGAAAUUUGGCUGUCCCGAGUGAUUCACUCAGAUGGUGCGUCAGCUCCACGAUGGCUCAAUGAUGGCGCGCAUCACGGACAAUGGAGCUGUCUCAGAGGCAUUCGCAGGGACUAACGGAGUGAAACGGGGCUGCACCCUCGCACCUACCCUCUUCAGUCUUAUGUUCUAUGCCAUGCAAAUGAACGCCUACUGUGAUGAACGUCCAGCAUCGGCCUCGCCAACAGGACGGACGAUCAACUCUUCAGUCAACGGCGGAUGCACUUCAAGUCGCGUGUAUCCGCAACCACCGUCUACGAACUUCUCUUGGACGACGAUUGCACUCUCAAAGCAACCACUGAAGAAGACAUGCAAAUAAACAUGGCUCUCUUCGCCGACGCCUAUAACAACUCCGGCCUCGUCAUAAGCUGGAAAAAAACGGUGAUUAUACAACAACCGUCACCCAACGCUGCCUACGAUGCAUCCCAAGUCGACGUGAACGGCGCUCAACUGCAAGCCGUGGGCACCUCCAUCUACCUGGGUAGCAUCCUCUCUCGCAACGCCAAAAAUCGAUGA